CAGAAAUUUGAAGAAAUGGAGUUUUCAUUUCGCCCCAUAUCCACGUCGCCAAUUUGUAACGAAAGUAACGACUAUAAGAUCGAUACAUGUUACGAGAUGGAGAGGUAUUUGCGAGAGGAGCCAAACAAGCGUCGCGAACCUGGCCAGGAGGAGGAGUGGGCUCGGCCUCCCACACCGCCCUCCCCGCCAGAGGUCAAGCCGUCGUUGUCUCCUCUGCCAAUACUCACCAAGGCUCCGAGCACUACCACCACCACGCACUUCACUUUCUUCACCACUGUGAAGUGCGAGCCACCGAGCGACUCCGAGGAGCCCACGCGGGAGCAAACUCCCAGCCCGGUGCCGGUGCAGCUGCUGGUGCCUCGCAAGGUGCAAGUGACCCGGCAUCACGGUCAUACUCACACCACCGACCCUCGCCGUCGCGUGCACCGCUGCGAGUUUCCAUCUUGCGACAAGGUCUACACCAAGAGCUCUCAUCUGAAGGCGCACAAGCGCACUCAUACUGGCGAGAAGCCGUACAAGUGCUCCUGGGAGGGCUGCGAGUGGCGCUUCGCCCGGUCUGAUGAGCUGACGCGGCACUACCGCAAGCACACUGGCGCCAAGCCGUUCCGCUGCCGCCACUGCGAGCGCUGCUUCUCCCGCUCCGACCACCUGGCGCUGCACGCCAAGCGUCACGCGUAG